AUGGGUCUUACUGCAGACGGAUGCAUGAAGGCGGGCGGCUAUGUCAAAGGGUAUAUUACUUCCUUCCUCGAUGAAUUUGAAAAGCGGCAUGAAGAAAUUAGUGAACUUCACGUCACCCACAGCAUGCAUGAACGUAAGUUAAAAAUGUUCGAAAAUGCCGAUGCCUUUGUUGCGAUGCCGGGAGGGCUUGGAACACUGGAUGAAAUGUUUGAAGUGAUGACAUGGAAGCAAAUUGGGCUUCAUAAAAAGAAUAUUGUCUUUUGGAAUCUUGAUGGCUAUUGGUCUCCUCUCAUAGAAAACCUCCUACCUAACUUAAUUCAGGAAGGCUUUGUUCGAGAAGAAGAUCUGAAUCUCUACGCCGUUGCAGACACAUUGGAUGAUGUGAUUCAAGCGCUACACGCACCACCCGAAGGAGCCGUAGAUUUUGUGGCCAAGUGGGGGUAA